ACUGAGCCGAAUAAAGAACGAAAAGUUGAAAACAGCCGAUUGCAUUCAGUGGUGGAUCGGAUUGAAUUGUGAUUGAAAUCGGGCAAAAUCUGGUGGAUUCUUCCGCGAAAAAAAAGGUGUUUAAUUUGUUUGGUAGUAGAAAGUGCGGUGCAGUUUAAUGCGUUAAUGGUCUAGCCAGAACGAUAGUGAAAACGCCCGCAGCGAGGAUGAAUCGGGUAAUGUUAAAUUUCACACCCGAUCUGAAGCCAUCGCGAAAGUCGAUCGUCGGGACAUUUACGGCGUCACCAUUGGCGACGAGUUCCACGAAAGUCCGUCGGCGCUAUUCGCUGGCCGUGGAUGCUUCCCUGUCAGUAACGAUCAAUGGAAAACCCUCCGAACAAACCGCCAGCCUGGGCCGGAGCUCGAGUCAACCGGUUCCGGGAACGCCCGGUGCCACCAAAAAGCGAAUGAGUCUUCACGAGAAUAUGAUGAUGAAGAUCCUGGCCACUCCGGUGGACCAACCGCUGGCGGAAGAGGGAUUCGAAUCUGCGUCCGAGUUGUCCUUACUAUCGUCGCUGGCCGAGGAGGAUCCAAUAUCCAGCGAGGAGAAACUGCUGAUCGAGUCGGACGUGCUCCUGCGAUGUUACACUCCACCGAACCUCCCGCUGGAUUGUCCGAAUAAUCCCCGCCUGGCACGGCUGUACAAGGAUCUGCAGAGUCCUUCGGCAACGACGCGGCUUCGAGCCCUCCGGGCACUCAAAUCGCCAUCCAAGCGGGAAGCGUAUGGCCAGUUUGACGUUCCGCACGAAGAACAGGACAUAAUUACGGCGGAAGAGCGCCAAAUGCCACGACCCAAAACCAUUCAGGAACUGAUGGCCGGUGUGUGCAUCUAUGUGGAGGUUCGCUCCGGAACAGACAAUCGUUCCGAUGGAAUUAGAGAUCAUUUGGUUUCCUUAGGGGCCAAAGUCAAUGACAAGUUGUACAAAGACACAACGCACGUUAUAUUCAAAGAUGGUCUCCUCUCCACUUACCAGAAAGCGAAGAAGAUGAACGUUCCGGUGGUUUCUAUUCUGUGGAUCGAAGCAUGUAAGCGGCACCUGUGCCUAAUGAAUCCGGACAGCUAUCCCAUCUCCAACGUGGAGCGCUACGAGAAUCCGGAGCUGUUCAAGAAGAUUCGGCGACAAAAAUCGAUGCAACCUCGAGCCGAGGAAGUCACCGGAUCCGGAGGAAAGAAACGGCUCCCAUUGAAAACAGGCACCCCAAACGAUCAGCAAUCAAAUGGUUGCACCAAAAAAGCUGUGAUUUCACCUCCGGCUAAGCUGCCGGUACUGCAUCGACUCCGCAAGGAUGACGGCCUGGAGCGAAUUCUGAACGAGUUCCAAGCGGAAAAUCAGAACACUCCCGAACCGCAGGAUGACUUCGACAAGCUGCUGGCUGGGCCAAUGAAGCUGCUGGAGAAGUUCCGGAAUUCUCCGAUUGUCAGCACGGCCGAAAAAGAGGAGAACGUGGUCACUCCGGAAGCUCCACCGAAAAGCAUCAGGAAGUCAUUGUUUAACGGAUCUGCUGAAAAGGAUGUUACUCCCACUAGGAGAAGGAGGAGCAGCAGUGCCAGUAACGAAGGUGUGGCCACAAAUGUAGGGACUAGACAGCGCCGGAAGACGAUUCUGCACACACCACGAAUCACCAGUGUGGAAGAAGAGAAUGAAUCUCCUGUGGUUCCGAUCCCAAAGCCGACACGUAAUAGACGGAAAACGAUGUGUAUCUCGGCCUCAAAGGAGAACACCCCUCCAAGAAAGCGGGAUACAAUCUGUUCGCCCAAGGCUAUGGACCUUUGUAAGGCCAACAGUGCAGAUGUGCAAGAAAACAUUCCUCCGGCCACAAGCCAGAAACUGAGGAAUACCAUCUACUCACCAAGUAGGAUGGAGCAAUCUUCGGAAAAGACUGAAAAGGCCAUUCAAAUUGAAAUGGCCUCCCGUAGAACUCUGGGUCCUUCGACCACUGAGAACGUCAUUGACAGUUUCGAACCACGGAAGACUAAAACCCCAGAAAUGGAUGCCAAAGAUUUGAACGCUUUUCGCAUUAAUCGCAGGAGAACGCUGUACACUCCAGGAAUCUACGACGAAUCCGAUAAGCCACAAAUCACUCCUGUUGAGAAGUCUGCGACAAAUAGACGGCGCACAGUGUUUAAUCCAGCGGCCAAUUCAACGGAAGCCUCGAAUUGUACCCCAGCAAACGCAAACUCUUCUCACCGAAGGAGAACUCUUUACACUCCGUCCACUUCGGUAGAUGUCCCAGAAACUCCCGAAAACACCACUCCGAUUGUUGCAAAUCGUACCGCAGCCUUUACAACGCCACUUCCCCCAACUCAAACUACCAAAACUUCUUCAGCAGCUACGACCACACCUGCCUCGGCGACUCAAAAACGUAACAAAACGCUUCUAGAAGAAUACCAAUCCAGUUUGACGUUUAGCUCCACAAAAACCCCAAUGAGCGAACGUCGCAAAACUAUCUAUGAUAUCUCAAUGGAUAUCAUCGAUAAGCGUCUGUCCCAGAUCAACAAGCUAUCCAAACAGUCAGAAUCGACGACGGAACAAACUCCCGCACCAUCCAUCGAAUCCGUACUGAAAUCACCCCCUUCCAAACCGGCAUCCAUCGCCCGCCAAACCUCACUGGAUACCUUCUACCGGAAGCUCUCGCGAUCGACGGAAAAGACCAUCAAAUUCAAGACGAGCGCCGAUCUUCGGGAGUCGUCGGACAUCACAAACGCCACCACCAUUUCCCGCAAGCGCAAACUGUUCAACGCUCAGCCGUCCCUGUCCGAAACGCCACCACCACCCACACCACCAGCAUCGGUAGUCAGCACUGGACAGGACUCCCUCGCGGAGAACCCAAACAAGAAGCCAAAAAGUACUACUACCCCAGCCGUAAGCAAGCGUCGUUCGCUUGCGCCGCCAACGCCCAAAUCGGUACCGAAGACAACGACCUCCGCAGCGGGCGUCUCCUCACGGCGCAGCUCGAUGUUUUUCAGCCAACCGAACAAGCCCACAAUAACCACCAGCAGCAAGCACGUCAUGGGCACCCAGGCUCGUACGAUGAAAGCCCUCGGGCUCGGGGCUGGACUGCCCACCGUAGCAUCGCAGUCGGCAGCGGUGAAGCCGCAGUUCCAGCUGGCCACCACCAACCUACACGCGGCGCAACAUACCUUCGUGAAAGAGGUCGUCGCAAAACUGGGCGGUUUCACCGUGACGAACAACGUUACCGAUCGUACGACGCAUCUAGUCAGUUUGGAAUCGCGCCGUACGAUCAACCUGCUGCGGGCCUUAACCCGUGGUCUGUGGAUCAUUUCGUACGAGUGGAUCGAAAAGUCGCUAGCUGCCAGCCGAUGGCUACCGGAGGAGCAGUUCGAGCUACGGGAUUUCUCCCCGGCCGUGCAGCUAUGCCGUAGCGAACGGCAAGCCUUCGGGCCACGGUACCGCAUCGAUCUGUUUGCCGACUGUGGGCCGUUCUACGUGGCCCAGCAGUGCGAGGUACCGCACGAUCAACUGCGGGAACUGAUCAUCACAUGCAAGGGUAAGAUAACGGAUGAUGCGACCAAAGCUAAAUAUGUGAUUGUGUCAGCACGGAAGGAUGUGGCACAGAAAACUUUAACCGAGGGAUCGUUUUGUGUCAGUCCACUGUGGGUACUGGAUAGUAUAAGCUCCAAUAAGGUGAAAAAGGUUUACCAGUAUUUGGUUCGUAAAUGACUGAUUUUUUUCGAGUUCAUAUUUUUUUCAACGCUUAGUAUAAAUUUACAACUGCAUCUAUAGUAAGUA